AUGAAGUUCGCCCCGAGCUGUGGCUGCGCCCGUGCCCGCUCCGGCCGCCGCCAGCCCGCGCUGCCGAUCCUCCUGCUGCCGCUGCUGCUGCUGCUGCUGCCGCGGGCCGGAGCCGUCCCGCUGCCCGGGGCCGCAGACUCCUCGGGGGAGGCCGAGCCGGAGGAGGCGGCGGCGCGGCGGGCGGCGCUGCCCCACAGCCUGCGGCUGGCGCAGCUGCUGCGCGACCGGGCGGCUCAGCUGCAGCGAGAGGUGGGUACGGGCGGCCCGCGGGCCGGCCCGGGAGGGGCUGCCUCCGGCCAAGGCGCGACCAAACUUCUUGGUGUCUCUCCCCAGAUGUGCGAGAAGUUCACCGUCUGCGAGAACAGCGUGGAAAUGCUCCUCCAGAACAACCUCAACCUCCCCAGAGUGACGGAGGAAGACGGGUGUCUGCAUGCCGGCUUCGAUGAGGAUAAAUGCUUGAAAAAAAUCUCCAGCGGGCUUUAUACAUUUCAGACAUACCUCAAAUAUGUGCAAGAAACUUUUAUUAGUGAAAACCAAAACCUUGAAUCGCUAUGCUAUAGUACAGAGCACCUGGCACAUACCAUAAGACAAAUGGUGAUCAAUCCCGAAGAAGUGAUCAUCCCAGAUGCAGCUACCCAGGAAUCCCUCCGCACAAAGCUGAAGUCCAGUAAGACCUGGAUAGAGAAAAUCACCACCCACCUCAUCCUCCGAGACUUUACUUCGUUUAUGGAGAAAACAGUGAGGGCUGUGCGCUAUUUGAAAAAUACCAGGAGUUUCAGUGCCUAAAUGUUUUAGUUCAGGCACAAUCCUUUGUUACACAUCUGUCAUGUGGCAGACAAGAGUGUUGUUCUGUUUUAAGAACCAGAAAUAGUAACAAUGGUUUGCAUUUAUAUACAUUCUUAUUUCCUUCUAGGAAGUUAUUUAUUGUAUUUAAAAUAUUUAUUAAUUUCUAAUGUUUCUUAUUUAUAUUUUCAAUAUUUAGAAAUAAUUU